UCGCUGAGUGUUUUAGAAAGUUGGAAGUUUUUUAGAAAAUUGUAGUAGAAAAAACACUCUAAGAAGUCAGUUAAAGUUGCCUAAUGAGUGGACCAUCUAGUCACCCUUCGGGCAGCGGAUCUGCCGCUGGCGGAGCAGCUGGUAGCUCGUCCGGUCCACCUGUUUCGGUGCAGGAGUUUACAAUCCGUGUACCGAAGAAUUUAAAGAAAAAGUACCAUGUAAUGCGCUUCAACGCAACGUUAAACGUUGACUUCACUCAGUGGCGUUCGGUCAAGAUGGAACGGGAGAAUAAUUUAAAGGAAUUCAAGGGAUUUGACGAUGAAUUGCCGAAGUUCGGAGCUGGUUCCGAGUUUAAUCGUGACCUGAGGGAGGAGGCUCGCCGGAAGCGCUAUGGAAUUAUUGCCAAAAAAUAUCGACCGGAAGCGCAACCCUGGAUACUGAAGGCAGGUGGUAAAAAAGACGGCAAGAAGUUUCGUGGCAUUCGAGAGGGAGGCGUAGGCGAAAAUGCGGCCUUCUAUGUAUUUACGCAUGCUCCGGACGGAGCGAUUGAAGCAUAUCCUUUGCACGAAUGGUAUAACUUCCAACCUAUUCAACGGUAUAAAGCGCUAUCGGCUGAAGAAGCCGAACAAGAGUUUGGUAGAAGGAAGAAAGUGAUGAACUACUUUUCGCUGAUGUUACGAAAACGUAUGAAGGGCGAUGAUGACACCGUGGAAGAUCAAGAAGAAGCCAAGGGUAAAAAGGGUGGUGGCGCAAAAGCGAAGGAUUUGAAAAUCAGCGAUAUGGACGAGUGGAUCGAUUCGGAUGAUAUGAGUUCAUCGGAUGAUGACGGCGAAGGAAAGCCUAAGGAGAAAGAUAGUGACGACGAAGCAGACAAAAAGGCCAAAAAUAAAAAGAAAGCUUUGGCUGAAAGCAAGAAAAAGAAACGAGACGUAGAUGAGGAAGCUUUGGAAGAAUCGGACGAUGGCGACGAGGAGGGCCGAGAGCUUGAUUAUAUUUCCGACUCAUCGGAAAGCGAAUCCGAACCGGAAACGAAAGCCAAUAAAGAGCUGAAGUCAGUUGCAGAGGAAGAUGCCCUCCGCAAACUAUUAACGUCGGACGAAGACUCCGAAGAUGAAGAAAAGAAAUCUGAAGAAGAGGAGAACCAAAAAGAGGAAGAAAAGAACGGUAAAUCCUCUAAGGAUAAAGAGAAGGACAAUAAGGAAAAAGAUUCUAAGGAAUCUAAGAAAAAGAAGAAAAAUAAAAAGAAGAAGAAGUCUGAUAACGAUAAGAAGGACUCAUCAAGUGGUUCCAGCUCGGACAGUUCGGAUUCCGAUGCCGACAACAGUAAUUCGAAGCAAAAGAAAAAACACAAGAAAGACAAAGAAGGUCUUGGUUCGAAUUUGUCCAGCGCUAAUAAUUCUCGGUCGGCUUCACCUAGUGCAUCCCAGCAGGAAGGAAUGAAACGGAAGCUAGCUGGAUCGAAUAUGCCUUCGGCAGACCUUACCGGGUCGGACAACAGCAACAGUCCCAUGUCGACACCGGCCAAGAAGAUCAAAAUGGACUCGGCGAUGUCUUUACCGCCCACAUUUACCGGCCUUGUUAGCAACAGUAAAGAUGAUUAUGGUAUAACGGAAGAAGCGGUGAGGCGCUAUCUGAUGCGCAAACCGAUGACUACCACGGAGCUGCUCACUAAGUUCAAGAACAAGAAAACUGGUGUUUCGAGCGAGAAACUUGUUGAAACAAUGACUGCCAUCUUGAAAAAGAUCAAUCCCGUUAAGCAGACUAUUCAGGGUAAGAUGUAUCUCAGCAUUAAGGUACCCAAGUGAUAACAGCCCAAUACUGGCGCACUGACGGAUCUAGGAAAACUACUUCUAAACCGUAUUAUUCCUGUUGGAAGCAACUGUUUUACUUGGCCCUCGUUUUAGUUAGAUUUGAUUUCUAUUUAAUUUACCUACUUCCUCGUUGAUUUCUAUUUUUAAAAACAAAUUCUGAUUUAUUAUAACCACACAUCUUAAUAGAGGAAUGCCUUUUCUUAUUUUAGUACAA